AUGAUUUAUUUUUAACCAUGCAAACUACUGGACCUAUUUGUCGCGACUACUUGCGCAACGUAUGUCCAAGAAGCAGCAGCGAAUGCCGAUUCGAUCACCCUCAGCGAGUCGUAAGCAACGCCGCAAACUCCCAAAGCUCUCAGAAUUCAAGAGAAUCCUCCCAGACUCGAACCCAGGAAGAUAAAGUCUCGGUAUGUCGAGAUUUCGCCCGUGGUUCAUGUCCUAGAACUCAUUGUAGGUUUUUACAUUUAACCCCAACUGAAGUUCGAGACUACGCUACUAAUGGAAAUUUACCGGAGAGAAUCCUAGUUGCGAGAGCAAAUGGUAUGAAGCUACAGUCCGCGGAUGUUGAAGCGUUAAAUGGAGCCAUCCCUCUUUGUCGAGACUACCUAAAGGGUAUUUGCACGCGGCGUGAUACUUGCAGGUAUUUGCAUCUGAACAACAUCUCAGAACCACUUUCGCCAAACAAUCGUUCAAACUCUAACAAUUCACUUCAUUCGUCAGUAAAUGCGAGAUUCGAACAAGAUUUGGACGAGUCUCCGCCGCAGAUAAAACGUAUGAAAGCAACAUCCAGUGGAAUCUUCGAAAUUCAAUCACCAGAUGAACAUUUGCAGCCGCAACACACCCAGAAUGAAACGUGUCACAGACGCGGCGGGGGAAGAGGUUCGUCGAAACGGCACCAACCUGAUGUUGUGUAUGCAAAUGGAGCUAUGGCUUCAGGACGCCGAAGGUCCUCGGUUUCGGGACUCUCGCCUGCCGGAGACCAUUACGACCCCUUCUCAAAUUCGCCCCCUUUUCCAUCGCCUAGUGGAAGCACGACAAGUGGGGGCAGUUCAAUCGGCGGUCACAACCGGUCACUGAGCAAUCGAAGAAGGAUAGCGAAUAAUAAUAAGAGCAGUAGACCUUGCAGCGCAUGCCUUGGAUGUAAUAAUUUACAAGAGGAAAACAGGUCGCUGAGAUUGAAAGUGAUUGAACUUGAGAAGCAAGUGAGCAACCUCUCAACCACAAAUGAUGUCCUCCUUACACAAAAUGCGAAAUUGCGAACCAACAAAGCAGCACCCUACCAACACCAGCAGUCGAAUCAAACCCAGAAGCAGUCUCAUAACCCUCCUGCGCCCAUCCAACAACCCACUCCUGUGUCUGUACACCAGCAAGGCUUCUCGGUAGUAUCAGGUGCAACUAACAAUCAAGCCGGCCACUCAAGUAUGGUUAAUUAUGGACCGCAACAAGUCAUGGAGGCACCCCCGCCUCCUCCACCGGUCAUAAUGCAGAACACGUUGCAGAGUGGAUUUAACAAUGUGGAGCAAGGUUCGUUUGUGCAGACGCAGCAGCACAAUCAGCAGCCGAAUAUUUUGCAACAGCAACAUCUGCAAACGGCUAUUCAGGUGCCAACAGGCGCUACAGUUGGCGCUGUUCAUCUCACAGCUCACCCUCGCAACCCGAUCAAUGCGACAACAGUAGCCAAUGUGAAUGCAACAGCUCUGCCAUAUUUCAUCACACAGCUCACUCCCAAUUUCACCCCCAUCAACGCAGUCACGGCCCAAACUGGCACACUGAAUGCAAGUGUGGUUCAGUCGCCAGGAACAGCAGUAGCAGCAGCUGCUCCCAACGGCAGUAUAAGGGCAGCUAUUCUGCCUCAUCCCGCUAAUCAGGUCGUGGCUGCAGGCCAGCCAGUAGCGAUUGCGGGAUCAGGUCAAUACACCCCCACAUUCCUCCUUCCCCACGUUCCGACAACCACAAUCAACGCGGCAUCGGCUAACAACCCACAGCAACUCACGGUAACAACCUUGUCCCUGACACCUUUCGCUGCCGCCGCGGGAUACACAGGACAGAUUUAUAACAUAAGACCGGCGUCUGCAACUACUUACCAUUUGACACCUGCGUCUGCGCAGACAGUGUGUAUUAAUGCGUUGCAAGCGGCACCCAAUAUGUCGCCAGUAGUUGUGGCACAUACACCGUCGACUCUAGCAGCGGCGGCUGCUGCAGGACAGUCAAUGGGAUCCGCCGGAACUGCAGUGUUUCAAACAGUCCAGGCAGUGCAGCAAAUGUCAAGAAUGUCUUCACCCCACAAUUCAUAAACUAAUUAUUUGUUACAAUGCCAUUCUUAUUUUUAAAUUUAUUGCUAGUAUUAAAGAGUGCUUUUAGGAGUAAUGAACGUAGUGAAAACUCUU